ACGUGUUUAUUACUGGUACAAAAUUUUGAAUAUUGAGUGACAAAGGAACCAGAAGAUGCCAAAUUUCAAUCUUUGUUCCAAAAGUUACAUGUUAAGAGAAUUUUUGUUUUGUUUAAUAUCGUUUCAUCAAUUACACAACGAAGAACAUAUACAUUAGAUUAUUCAGGAUGAUUUUAAUUAUUAAACUUGUUGUACUGAUGCUAGUCAUAUUCCUGCCACCAUCUUCCAUGACACAGACAUGCGAUGAGUACCAUUUCUUCAACUUAGAGACAUCAGAAUGUACUAGAUGUAAAACUUGUCGACAAUUUGAAGUACUUUUCUCUGAAUGUGCCAAAUUUAACGACUCUGUUUGUAUUAGUCUUAAUUAUAAGAACACUAGUCACUUGCUUCAAUAUAUCUCCAGCGUAGAAUUCUGGUUUGACAAACUACCCAAAGACAGAAACCGCAACACCAAAUAUAAAGAACAAGAUGCAACAAUACAAGUUCCUGACACAAAAGUCAACAUUGCAAAUUGGAAGACACUGUCAUAUUCUUUGACUGGUGUCCUCGGCUUACUAGGAGUUGUUUCAACAUUAGUGCUACUAUACCUGUGGAGGAGGAGACAGAAUAGCAUGAAAGAGUAUGAUAAUCUUCAGAACAGAUUAGGGAAUGCUGAACUUGGAAAUGAAUAUGUAGUUUUUCGACGUUUACCUCAUCACACAUCUUACGAUGAAGAAGAUGUUAGUGCCCUUCUGCCAAGACCGCCAAGACGAGGCUGUCGUGUGAUUGACAUCAAUGUUAGAAAAUACUCUCGCUACUAUCGCAAAAGGUUAUACAAGCCACAGAGACGGCUUCUACCUGAGGGUGUUGAUGAUGUUUUUGAAUCUGAAGACAGUGCUGGAUCUCGUAGCUUGCGUCUCCAUACAAUACCUGAAAGAUCUGACAGCGAUAUCGAUGACGUUUUAAAUGCUGACAAAAAACAAAGCCACGAUUCAGAUAAAGAUACCAAUAACGAUGAAUCUGUAAAUGAGGUUUGUUGUGUAAAUUCAGGGAACAUGAGCAGUUCAUCAAAAAGUAGUAAAUCAAGUAUUGAAGGAUCUCAAAAAGCUGAAAAUGACAAAAGUGGAAGUUAUGUCUGUUUGAAAGAGACAGCUGAAGUCAAGGACUCUGACAUUGAUGUUAAAAAUACACCAGAUUUUAAUCAGAAUGACCACAACACAGAAACAGAUAAUAGGAAACACAGUUCUGUUAGUUCACAAGAGAAAGUAGACACAUCAGAAGACUUAGAUCAUGGUACAAAUGAAUGAUUUGUUGUAAUGUGAAAUAAAAAUAAUGUACAUCAAGGGUCAUAUAAAAUUUAUUAAGUAAUGUUCAUUUAAGAAGCAUAAUUUUGAUAGUUUUUUUUACGCUUUAUUUAAGAAAUAUUUUAAACUAUAUGUAUGAUCCUUUUUAAGACCUUUAAUUCAUCAAGACUCUUUUAAAAAUAUUAAAGCUUGCUCGGAAGUUUACAGUGAAUCAUAUUCAUACAUGUUUUUAUAUCAUCUAUACUGCAUGUAUUUCAUUGUCUUUGUUGUGGUUCAGAGUUUAAAAAUCCUUUAUAGUGAACAGGGUGUAGAGAUAAACUUAAUAUUGAUCAUUAGAUAUAAAUAUUAAAGCUAAAAUUUACAA